CUUGUUGAAAUAUGAAUUUGUUCAGAAUAUGCAAUUAUCUGAUGAAAAGUUUUCUAGGCUAGAUGGUUCAGUGUUCAAUCUUAAUGAAAUUUAUGAACGGUUGAAAGAAUUUAAACAAAACCUUACAAAAAAUAGACAGAUGCA